AGAACAAACGCGUUUUCAUCUCGCGAGUUUGGGAUUUUAACCAUGGCGGUGCUCCUUGAAACAACACUGGGCGAUAUUGUGAUUGAUUUGUACACAGACGAAAGGCCUAAAACUUCCCUGAACUUUCUGAAAUUGUGCAAGAUAAAGUACUACAACUACUGCCUCAUCCACAAUGUCCAGCGAGACUUCAUUGUACAGAGUGGAGAUCCCACUGGUACCGGCCGUGGUGGAGAAUCAAUCUAUAGCAAACUCUAUGGGGACCAGGCCAGUUUUUUUGAUGUGGAGAAAGUGCCACGAAUCAAACACAAAAAGAGCGGGACUGUGUCCAUGGUGAACAAUGGACACGAUCAGCAUGGUUCUCAGUUCCUUAUUACCACAGGUGAGAACCUCAGCUAUCUCGAUGGAGUCCACACUGUGUUUGGGGAAGUUUCUGAAGGCAUGGAUGUCUUGGCCAAAAUCAAUGAGGCCUUCGUUGACAAGGACUUUGUUCCUUUUCAGGAUAUCAGGAUAAACCACACAGUCAUCCUGGAGGACCCAUUCGAUGACCCUCCUGACCUGCCAGUGCCUGAUCGAUCUCCUGAGCCCACCAAAGAGCAGCUGGAUAGUGGAAGAAUUGGUGCAGAUGAAGUGAUUGAUGAUACGACUGGUAAGGAGGCUGAGGAGCUUGAGGAGAGGCUGAAGGAGAAAGAGGCCAAGACUCAGGCCAUCCUGCUGGAGAUGGUGGGCGACCUCCCUGAUGCAGACAUGAGGCCACCAGAGAACGUGCUGUUUGUGUGCAAACUGAACCCUGUCACCACAGAUGAGGACUUGGAGAUCAUCUUCUCACGCUUUGGCCUCAUCAAAAGCUGUGAGAUCAUCAGAGACUGGAAAACUGGAAAUUCCCUGUGUUACGCUUUUAUCGAGUUCGAUAAGCAAGACGAAUGUGAAAAGGCAUAUUUCAAAAUGGACAAUGUUCUGAUUGACGAUCGGCGCAUUCACGUGGACUUCAGUCAGUCAGUGGCCAAAAUCAAGUGGAAAGGCAAAGGUGGGAAGUAUACUAAAGAUGACUUCAAGGCCUAUGAGAAGGACGUGGAAAACCGAUCCAAGCUUGCUCUCAAGGACCAAAUGAAGCCUAAACAAGAUUCCAAGUAUGAACUGCUAAUGGAUGACGAGGAGACAAGUCCGCGGCACUUGGAGAAGAAGCACAAGGACAAGAGACAUCAUCAUCAUCAUCAUUCUGGUGAUGAAGAGAGCAGGAAGUCCAAGAAAUACAAGGACACUGAUGAGAGCCAGCGUGACAGGAAAACAGGCCGCCAGCGCUCCCGAUCCAGAUCCCGCUCCAGAGACAGGGACCACAAACACAGCAAGUCACGUGUCAAACAUGGGAAAGAAGGACGCAACAAAGGCUACAAGGACCGGAGCCGCAGCCGCUCCCCGAAAAAGUCCAAGGAUAAAGAGAGGAGUAGACACAGAUGAGAGGCGUCACUUUAAUCUCACGGAGUGACUUUAGUGGCAGCAUGAAUAAUAUAGCAUCUAAAUGUGAUAGUGCAGCGUUGUUAGAAGUGUGGCAACACAGUCACAACUCACUGUUGUGUGCUGGAAACAUCUUUAGCUCACUGUUGGACUGAUUUUUCCUUUUCCUAAACCACUCACGCUCCCACACCAAUGUCCAGAGAGAAAAGCACACAGGAGUUGUUGAUCCAUCAGUAAGUUCAAAUGUCUUCUGUGACUUCAGUGUUUAAAACACAAAGUGACCACACGAGGCAGCAGAGGACCGGCAGCUCCUGAAAAUCACUGGUUUUCUCUGUGGACACAGUUGAGUUUCCAGUCAGUCUCACACAACCACGCUGCUGAAAUCCUGAACUGUCUUUUUGAAUUCAAUAGCUUCACUUUGAUUUUCACAUUUAUGUCACGCUGUUUAAAGAACAACCGUUAAAACACUUUUUAAUGACAUGUAAUGUGUGUAUUAAAAUCUAAUUUUCAUUUUCAAAUGUCACUGACUUCCUCUUCCUGUCACACACGGUUGGUGAAUGACUCACGUGUCACAUUUUACUUUCGCUCAGGUGAAAGUCACUGGCGUCUCCUUGCACCCACAUGUCAGAGCAGGGGUGACAUGGUGUGUCAAUAACUGUGAUUAAACACAUGGAGUGUUGAUGAAA